CCCCAGAUCCUAGCAACACACUUUGACUCUCCUGGCUGCUUAUAGGUGUUUAAAAAAGAUGAGAUGAAAGACCAAGCUCAGACAUCUUAAACGACUCUAAAGAGGCGAAGGACUUGAGGCUUGUUGCGUAACUAAAGCCCAGGCCCCGUUUUGUCUUUGCAAAAGCUGUUCGCAACACAAAUGCUUGGAGGGAAGGGCUGGCGGUUCCCUCGAGCCAGGGAAGAGGCUGCGGGUGUUCAGAGGCGGUCACGGGGCAUGUCCCUCUCUUUUUUUUUCUGGCCUCCAGGUGCAGCGGUUCCUGGAGUCCUCGUGGCAGGCCCCGGACUUUGUGGAGCGCUACUGCAACACUUACCUGUGCCUUCGCACCGCCAUGGAGGAGCUGUUUGGGCAGCAAAUGUCCUUCAUGCUCGCCCUGUGUCACGGCUUCUCCGGGGGGUUGCUGCAGCUCUCCUUCCUGACAGCCAUGCACGUGAGUGAGCAGUUUGCUCGUUACAUUGACCGGUGGAUCCAAGAGAGCUGGGCAGAUUCGGGCAACGUGGAAACCUUGCAGCGGCUGCAGCAGAGCCUGGAGCCCAUCCUCUUCCUGGCCGGCCUGGAGUUGGCCAACACCUUUGAGCACUUCUACCGGUGA